AUGAUCGAACCGGUAAGGUUACUGGGUCACUGGGUCACUGGUUCAACCGGUGGGUCACUGGUUGAACCGGUCAACCCGGGAUCUAGAAUGUUGCAAUGUGACCACUACAUGCCGCCGGAUCGGUACAAUCUAAUAGCGGAGGGAUUUUUACGAGACACUGGCUUUUAUUAUGUUUCACAGAUUGGAGUUGUCCAAUGUCAGGCGGCAUUGGAUGUGGCAUUAAUUUAUGGUCUUCCGACGAAUGGUUUGCCAGUUACGGGACCGACACUGAGUAGUUAUGAGGCGUUAGAGGCUGAAUGCUUGGAUCAGUUUAGUGUUGCACCUAGGCAGGCAGACUGUAGGGGAAGUUUCAUCAAGUUGACGUGGUUUCGAGCAUUGAAGGAUCGGUUAGUGUUGGUUGAUGAUAUCCAGAUUCAGAGGUACGUGAAGUGCCACAUAAUGUUAUUGUUUGGAACCGUUAUGUUUGGAGAUAAGUUUGGAGCAGGGGUGCACUGGAAGUUUCUCCCAUUACUCCGUAACUUUGCCGGGAUAAUACAGUUCAGUUGGGGUUCGGCAUGCCUGGCACACCUGUACAGAGCUUUGUGUAGGGCAACUCGUGUUGACUGUAAGGAGAUUGAUGGUCCGCUGACACUCUUGCUUGCCUGGGCUUGGAUCCGCCUACCAUUCCUUGCGCCAAUUCCUAGCAAUCCUCGAAUCUUUCUGAUUGCAAACAGGUGGCAUAACUGGAAACGUGUGAAUUGGCCUUACAGAUUGAGGAAACUUGAGCACCUUAGGGGAAACCUGGAUGCUCUGCAAGAAGGACAGUUUGUUUGGGAGCCUUAUGCAAUUGGAAGGACCGAUCCGGAAGUGAUUCCUGCUGACAUCCGUCAGCAUUCUGCUAUUUGGAGUGCCACAGUUCCACUUAUAUCUUUUGAAUGUGUUGAGUGGCAUGCAUCUGAUAGACUGAGGAGGCAGUUUGGCUUGACUCAGGGUAUUCCUGAUCAGGAGCGAGACCUAGGUGAAGCACACGGCGAAGUUCUGACAGGUCCGAAGAAUCAAGAUUGGUCUGGAACCCACUCAUCCUGGGUUAUGCAGUGGACGAACCGGUAUAGUCUAGUUCUUGUUGAUGACACGGUGCCCUCACAACAUCAGGCAGAUAUCUACUUGCAUUGGUACCGAGGUGCAUUUGGUGACCACUUGCAGCUGUCACAGAUGGAACCGCAAGAUAAUCAGCCUGGUGAUCCUAUGCAUAACCAGGAGAACCAAGACCCACAAUCACCGCAACCACCAUUGCCACCGCAACCACCAUUGCCACCGCAACCACCACCGCCCCCCUCACAAACACAGGCAGAACAAGAGCCUGACCAGUUCACUCCAUACAUUUCUGCCACGCAUUCUGCGGAUUACCUGACUCCACCAGUAUAUCAGCAGUACUGGAGUGUCCCGCACCAAGAAUCUAGUGAUACAAUAUAUAAAAUACUCAAAGUCAUACAAUAUAUAAAAUACUCAAAGUCAUACACUAAAUCGAGUAACCGCUAA